AUGGCGCCUGGACUUGUUGAACCACAAUUUCAACCCAACACCACAGACACUCCCGUGGUGGCAUCAAAGCCCACAAAUGCACACAGCUACGUCCCGGGACGAACAAAAGUCAAACAACAUGACGACACAUACGAGUACGAGGACUUAAGACCACACUUCCCAGACAUCACAUGGCCGGCAUACACCGAGAUUCCCUACAUAGAAAAGGGCCAACUAGGAGACCCAAACUUCAAGAACCUCCUUGCCUCUGCCACAGAUGUCUUUGACUACAACCCCAAGAUUGGGACUGAGGUACACGGUGUGGACCUCGCCAACCUUACCGAUGCACAAAAGAACGAUCUAGCACGCUUGAUUGCGACACGAGGCGUCGUCUUCUUCCGCGACCAAAAGAACCUCACCAUUGACAAGCAAAAAGAGCUGGGCAAGUACUUUGGCGAGCUACACAAGCACGCCACAACGGGUGUUCCCAAGCGUGAGGGCCUCGAAGAUGUACAUGUCAUCUUCACAGGAGAAGGAAGUCCCGAUCUACGAGCGCUGUUCACACCCACAUUUCUCUGGCACUCAGAUGUAACAUACGAACUCCAACCACCAUCCUACACAUCGCUCAAAGUCCUCACAGGCCCGCCACGGGGUGGCGGCGGCGAUACACUCUGGAGCUCGCAAUACGCAGCCUACGACAUGCUCUCGCCACACAUGCAAAAGUACCUCGAGUCACUGACCGCCCUACACUCUGCCGAUUUGCAAGCCCAAGGGUCGCGCGACCUGGGCCGCACGGUACGACGUGAGCCCGUGACGACGGAGCACCCGCUUAUCCGCACCAACCCCGUGACGGGGUGGAAGAGUCUGUUUUUCAACCCGGGGUUCGUGACGAAGAUUGUGGGUGUGCCCAAGACCGAGUCUGACCACAUCAUCGGGCUGCUGAAUGAGAUUGUUGCGACGAGCCCGGAGAUCCAGGCGAGGUUUCAGUGGAAGGAAGGUGAUGUUGCGUUUUGGGAUAACAGGGUCACGAAUCACUCAGCAUCAUAUGGAUUUGCGCCACAUCGCAGACACGCCGUGCGCGUUGCGGUGCGUGCCGAACGGCCGUAUCUUGAUCCGCAAAGUCGGUCGCAGGAAGAUGAGUUGAGCGAGAGGUAUGGGGUGCCCAAGGCGAACAAGGAUGGUAGCGGUAUAGUCAACUAUAAUGAUUAA